AUGCCGGCCUUUUCAAGAGGAUGCUUUUUACGGCUCCAAUUGCCCCUCAGACAGCUUAGACAGCUCCAACCUCUACCAAGCUUCCCCAAAUGCUACCAAGCUCGAAGCUUCUCCGCCAGCGUCCUGCGCGCCGCAAAACCCACUCGUACAAGUCCUGCGAUCAAGUCUUCGUUCCCCAAGGACAAGCCCUCCUAUGCACCCCUAAAGGCCUCGCCCAAUAAGACUUCCGUCCACCAGACUUAUCAGACCACAUUGGCUCUGAAAUCGCAUCCAACACCUCUCUAUGAAGCGCCCUCGCACACCCUAUUUAUAUUAACCAGCUAUGGCGGAGCAUUUUUCUUCCUCGUCUACAGCGGCUAUGCGUGCUACACCUACUUUGACGCCCCAGCUGGCAUCCCCGUCUACGUCCCCUACGCAUUUGGAGGUGCCGGGUUCCUGAUGGCUGCUUUCGCGGGCUGGUUAAUGCUAGGUCCUGCUAAAAUAAUACGGUCAAUCACCGCGGUACCAAAACGCCUUGGAGCCUCUGCUGGUAAAUCUGCCAAGGGCCCCAGAAUAGCCAGCCAGGGCACUGCCCCGGAACUGGAACUAGAGGUGGAGCUCAGGAAGAUGUUUCCAAUGCCCUUCUUCCCAGCGCGGAAGAUAUACUGCAAGCCUCGGGAAUUUAUAGUGUCAGAAGCCCUAGCACGCCCACCUCCGGCCCUGAGCCCCGCGGAAAUGAGGGAGAUGAAAAUGGCGGAAGAGGAGGACAGGCAGAGAUUGCUGGAGUAUGAGAGGAGUCAUAUUUUGACUGCACCGUUUAGGCAUGCCAACAAAGCGUUUUUCGAACUAUUCCAAUCCAUGAGGCGGGCUUGGACGAGGGAAGGAUUUCAUAGGGUUGAGAUCAAGGGGAAGUUUUAUAAGUUUGAUACUACCGGGGGUUGGGCGCUGGAUAAUGGUAGGGCUCUUAUCAGGCUAGCAGCUGUGAAGAGGAAGCCAUGA